AUGCGUGAGUGGUCCAUUUAUUUAAAAGGAGGAGCUGCUGGGUCGUUGAGUGCCCUUACCGAAAUCCAAACUAAAACUCUAGCGAGGCGUCCCAAGCGUCAACGACCUCUUUUAGACGGCGCAGUAAACGGCAUCACCCAUUUUGCCAACCGCCUGACGGAGACUGAUGAAUCGGAAAGGCGCCAAGGACCAUCGCACAUUUUACUAGAUGGUACAGUGUUUGUGAUGAGUUACUACGAACUUCGUUCCGAUCACACAUUUGACCCAGAAGAAAUCAAAAAUAAAUUGGGUCGAAGCCAAAUUCAAGCUGAAGCUUUGGCCUUUUCAGAGCAACUUAAUAAUUUACUUAAGUCUGAUAAAUUUUUGGUAGAAAAAAAUUAUAUACCUCUUUCAUCAGCUGACUUGUUUUUUGAUAACAUCCGGGACGGAGUUAUUUUAUGCAAGUUGAUCAAUGCUGUUAGGGCUGGAACCAUCCCGGAAACGUCUAUAAAAACCAAUGUUGACUGGAGAAAUGCCGAUAAGGCUGGCUCUAGAGAUAUUUUUGAAAUUGCUGGGAAUCACUCCCUUGCGCUGAAAGCUGCUAAAGAUUUGGGUUGUAGCACAGUUAAUAUAGGACAUGAGGAUAUUUUUCGCGGCAGCCGACACUUAAUUCUUGCGAUCGUUUGGCAGUUAAUACGCUUUCACUUAAUGAAAGAAGUUAACCUUAUAAGUCAUCCGGAGCUUAUUCGUUUGCUGGAACCCGGUGAGAAAAUUGAAAAGCUUAUCAAUAUGCGAGCUGAGGAUAUUAUAAAGCGCUGGUUUAAUUACCAUUUAAAAAAGGCCGGAACUAACGAGGUAGUAGAAAAUUUUGGUAAGGAUUUAAAGGAUUCCAGUAAAUGGGUGACCUUGUUUAAGCAAAUUGCGCCAGCUGCAUCUCAUUCUGCUGGAAUAGACGAAGUUUUAAAAACUUCAGAUAUACUUAAAAGAGCCGAACUUUUACUCGGUGUGGCUGAGAAACUCAACUCUCGCGAUUUCACCACAGCCGCUGAUAUUGUGGCGGGACACGAAAGGCUAAACUUGGCGUUUACAGCCACCAUUUUCAAUAAUCACAUAGGCAUUCACUUUCCUACCGAAGAUGAAAUCGCAGAGCUCUACAGUGAGCUUACAAAUUUAAAAAACUUGAAUUCUGCAUGUACUGAGGAGUUAGAAGAGCUGAUUAGAAAAAUUAACAUAAGUAGCGAAGUUAAACUUAAGUCUUUUACUCAAAUCCAAAGUUUAAAGAAUAAGAUAGAAAACUCUUUUCCUCACCUUUCUGGUCAAGAGGAUUUCUCUUCAACCUUUAAAAACUUUAUUCAGGCUUUUGAGCUUACUUCUUACCUUCUUCAAAACAACGAAAAUCCUGCUGAUAACGCAACAAAAACCUUGGAGGCUUUAGAGAAAACUUUUAGUCUUGAAAAAGAGCUUUCUAUAAAAAAAAAUCUUCUUCGAGACACUGUUGUGAAUAUGAGUGGAAAGUUGAAAGACAUUAACUGUGCAAUUAGCGACUUGAAGGACAUUACGGGCGGCCGAGGAAAAAGUUUCGAGGAAAUGCAAAGAAAACUUGAAGAAAAAAGAGCUCAGCUUGCAAGUAAAACGGCUGCCAUUGACGAAUAUACAGCGGCAGCGAAAGACUGUUUAAGUGGCUAUGAGGGAAGUUUGGACAGCGCGCUGACCUUCUCCGAAGAAGGCCCCGACAAAGAUCGACUUAACGCUGUUGUGGAUGCCACCGCGUGGGUAUUAAAGGGGUACGUGGACACUAUAAACCAGCGGGAGAAUGAGGCAAAGCAGAUAGAAAACGAAGAGCGACGUCGCCUUGAAGAGCUGAAUGCGGAACUGUCUGACUAUCUUAGCGAAGGCCAAAGUAGUGCCCAGGACGCAAUCACUAAUAUGAAACGUCUUUUGGAAUUGCUUAUUGAAAAAUCAAAGAGGCAAGAUCUACGAAUUAAGAGCCAACAGGAUAUAAUCCAAUACAAAAACAAACUCAACGCGACUAUGGGAGAGAAAAUUGUGGAAAUUGCUCAAAUUAGAAAAGAAAAUCUUAAAAAGAGCGCGGGCAAAAAAAGUAAAGGUCCCUAAGUUAUUAGCUACUGGUAAUAAAAGAUAAGGUAACAAUAAA